GAAGGUUUGUAACGCGUUCAAAAUCUUCCUCAUUUACCUUCAAGUUUCGAUUCAUAGACUGCCUUAACUCUUCGUUAUCAAACUCUACCAUUCUCGUGGUCCCCACUAAACUCACACUGCUCUUCGUGCUCUGCUGCAACAACGUACCUGCGUAUCUACAGGUUAGACAAAAACCUAUCAACAGGUGAUCAUUACAGGUCAUGUCACACCCAAUUGUCGACGAAAUCAUUGGAGAUAAUCAUCCAAAAGAUUUAUUGCUACAGAAACACAUUGAAUUCUUAGCCCAGUGUAAACAAAAAACAGAUUGCACUACGGAUUACGUUAAAAUGUCUGGUAUGUAUUGGGUCCUCACUGCUCUUGAUCUCCUCGAUGCCCUGGGAGAAGUAGACAAAGAUGAGAUAAUUGACGUCGUACUGAGUUGUCAAAAGUCUGAUGGCGGAUUUUCUUCUUCUUUGAAACACGAUUCACACUUGCUGUCAACACUUAGUGCUAUUCAAAUACUAGCUCUUUUUGACUCUUUGGACAAAGUCAAUGUUGAAAUGGUCUGUAAAUACGUCGCUAAAUUGCAACAAAAAGAUGGAAGUUUCACUGGGGAUGUUUGGGGUGAAAUCGAUACUCGUUUCUCAUUUUGUGCUGUUGCUAUACUCCACAUACUUGGUAUGCUUUCAAAAGAUAUUAUUGAUGUUGAAGCAUGUGCUUCAUAUCUUGAACAAUGUCAAAAUUUGGAUGGUUGUUUUGGUACUCGACCAGGUAGUGAAUCUCAUGCAGGUCAAGCAUACUGUGUUGUAGGAGCUUUAGCCAUACUCCGUCAACUACGUCGGUUAAAUAUAGAUCGUGCUGCCUGGUGGUUAGCAGAACGUCAACUUCCUAGUGGAGGGUUAAAUGGAAGACCUGAAAAACACCCUGAUGUUUGUUACUCGUGGUGGGCUGUAGCUACUCUUACCAUUCUUGGUCGUUUAACCUGGAUCAAUCAUAGUGAUCUAACCCGGUUCAUUUUAGCCUGUCAAGAUACUCAAACUGGUGGUAUUGCUGAUCGACCAGGUAAUUUGCCUGAUGCCUUUCAUACUUUAUUUGGUCUUGCUGGUCUCUCUCUUAUGGCUCAUAUGGAUUCAAAUUUCUGUUUAUCAAAAAAUUUGGUAAAUGGUGAAAAUGAAGAAAAUGAUGAAGGUGACUCAGCUGUGAUUGCAUUAAAAGUUGCUCGAAAUAAAUUAAAAUCAAUAAAUCCAGUAUUAUGUAUGCCUCAGUAUGUAAUGGAUCGAUUAAAUCUUAAAUUUCAACUUCUUUAAUCAUUCAUUGGACAUAAAUGAUUUAAACUGUUGAAUAAUACACAUUUCAAUUCUUUUUAAUUGUUUGUCCUUGAGAUGUUAUAUGGUACUCAUAGUUCAAGGUUAUCUUGAGAAAUCUAUUUUAAAUAUGUUAUCUACAAAAUCUAUGAAAAAUUGUAUCAUAUGAUACAUUCCCCCCAAUCUAUUCUAUCAAAUCAAUUUACUUCUCAUUAUUUUGUACGGUUCGGAUGAUUUUGUUUAACAUUCACAGAAAUCUCACUGUCUUAAUAUCCAGCGAGUAAUCAGGACUACGCAGCGCUAAAAUCAAAGUAAACAACAGAAUUGCUUCAGGAGAUGCCAAAAGCAGAAGAGACUCGGUGAACUGUGAACAUUUUAAAAGUGAUAUAAAGAAAAUUGUAUUCUAUCAAGUAUGUAUUUUUUUUUCAAUAAUGAAACUGUACAAUAACGAAAGUAAAUGAAUAAACAUGAAGUGAAAGUAUUUUUAUUGCUUUCUUUUGUUAUAAAAACAAUGAAAACUCAAAAUCAUGAGAACUUUAAUCUUCUUUAAUAAUUUAUCCAUUAGAUUAAUUUGUGUAGAUCUCUGAAAUAGUGAACCUGAUGAAGAUUGGGACAAUAUUAACAAUUACAAUUAAAUUUUUAAUUGCUGAUUUACGUUUCAAAUUUUGUGAAUCUUGGUUAGUAUCUACUCUUCUUCAAAAACUUUCGUCUAACCACCGUAUACUACUUAAAUUUGAUUUCAGCAGUAAAGUGCUUAUUUGAAAAUUAUAUAUUUCAAGGUGAUGUCAGUUGAUUUAGAAUGAUAAUUUGUUAUGGUAAGUUGAUGUGAAAAAGAAAUGAAACUAAUUGGCGCUAAUAUUUAUGUAUAAUCACCUUUAUAUGUAUAUGUGAAGAUAAUAAGGUUUUUAACCUUUAAAGAGAAAAGUGCAUAAACUGAAUAUUUAUCAAUUUAAUUCUGUUAUAAAAAGAGUGGAUAUCUGUAUUGACUGUAACAGUUUUGAUUGGUAACAAUAAAAAAAUGUAUUGUUGAUAGGAAAGAAGUAAGGUAAUUUUUUGAUUUUGAACAAAAAGAAAUGCUUUGAAACUCCAACCUGAUUGUAUAUGUUCACUUUCUGAAAUCAUCUAAACAAGGGAAGAAAAAGAGAAGAGAUACAUAAGAAGUACACAUGAAAAGAGAAAUAACUUUAAGGUUUAUUAUAUUCCUCCUUUGUGUACACAGAAAUCUCACGUAGAUUUUGUGUGUGUGUGUGUGUCUGUUCUUUAGAUAUUGAGAUCACAAAAUUAUUUUUUUCUUCCAUUAUCACAAGUAGUUCAGAUAAUUUUAGCUUUGAAUUAUUGAACGGAUAUAUUAUUUGUACGACUUGUAUCUAUCUUACUACUUAUAUCUAUCUGAAGAAUGUUGUAUGUUCGGUGUAAAUUU